AGUGAGGGAGAGAGAGAGGGGAUGGAUACACAGCGAAGGAGGAGGCGAAGCAAUUUUGAAUUGACAGUGUGGAGAAGAAGCAGCCAUGUCUGGUUUCUCGAGCUUAAUUUCUCACAGAAAUAGAGCAAUCUCUCUGUUGCGUCUCAGUUUCUCGCAAUUCGGAUGUUUCUCUGGAGUUGGUUUUUCUAGCGACGCUGUGAAACAUUCGAAACGAGAUGAUUCUGCUUCUCAUGGAGCAUUUGGUGGCUCUGGAUUUGAUAUGGAGAAGAGCAUAUAUAACAUUCUUACAAUUGACCGUUGGGGAUCUCUAAAUCACAUGGAUUAUAGACAGGCUCGUCUUAGACCAGUUCAUGGGAAGCUGGCUUUGAAGUUCCUUAAAUGGGUAGUUAAGCAGCCCGGUUUGGAGACUGAUCAUAUUGUUCAGCUUUUCUGUAUUACUACGCAUAUAUUAGUUAGAGCUAGAAUGUAUGACCCUGCAAGGCAAAUCUUGAUGGAGUUAACUUCGAUGAGUGGUAAAUCAAGCUUUGUUUUUGGUGCUUUGAUGACCACGUACCGGCUUUGCAAUUCCAACCCGUCUGUUUUCGACGUUUUGAUUAGAGUAUAUUUGAAAGAAGGAAUGAUUCAAGAUUCUCUGGUAAUAUUUCGUUUGAUGGGUCUUUACGGGUUCAGCCCUUCUGUAUAUACUUCUGAGCUUUUAGAUCACAUGAAGUCGAAAGGGGUCGACGCUGAUGUCUGUACAUAUAAUAUGCUUAUCCACGAUUUGUGCAGAAGCAGUAGAAGUGCCAAAGGUUAUUUAUUGCUGAGGGAUAUGAGGAAGAGGGCGAUUUACCCCAAUGAAGUUACAUACAAUACGCUUAUUAAUGGUUUUUCUAAUGAAGGUAAGGUGUUCAUUGCUCGUCAGCUCUUGAACGAGAUGUUAACCUUUGGACUUUCCCCGAAUCAUGUUACUUUCAAUGCUUUGAUUGAUGGACACAUUAGUGAGGGAAACUUUAAAGAGGCUUUGAAGAUGUUUUAUAUGAUGGAAGCAAAAGGUCUUAUACCUACUGAAGUUAGUUAUGGUGUACUUUUAGAUGGGUUGUGCAAGAAUGCAGAGUUUGACCUAGCAAGAGGCUUUUACAUGAGAAUGAAGAGAAAUGGGGUCUCUGUUGGGCGAAUAACAUACACUGGAAUGAUUGAUGGGUUAUGCAAAAAUGGGGUUUUGGAUGAAGCAGUUGUUAUGCUUAAUGAAAUGAGCAAAGAUGGUAUUGAUCCUGAUAUCAUCACAUACUCUGCUCUUAUAAAUGGAUUUUGCAAGGUGGGGAGGUUGAAAACUGCUAAGGAGAUAGUAUGUAGAAUUUACCGAGCUGGUCUUACUCCAAAUGGUAUCAUCUACUCAACCCUGAUAUACAACUGUUGUAGGAUGGGAUGCUUAAAGGAAGCAUUAAGAAUUUAUGAAGCUAUGAUCUUCGAAGGACAUAUCCCAAACCAGUUCACGAUAAAUGUACUUAUCGCUACGCUGUGUAAAGCUGGUAAAGUGGGUGAGGCAGAAGAAUUUAUGCGUUGCAUGGCAAGUGAUGGUAUUCUUCCUAACGCAGUUAGCUUUGAUUGUCUUAUCAAUGGGUAUGGAAGCUCGGGUGAAGGGCUAAAAGCGUUCUCUAUAUUUGAUGAGAUGACCAAAGUAGGUCAUCACCCAACGUUCUUCACAUAUGGUAGCCUGCUCAAGGGAUUAUGCAAAGGUGGGCAUUUGAGAGAGGGAGAGAAGUUUCUUAAAAGUCUCCGUGAUGUUCCUGCAGCUGUUGAUACUGUAAUGUACAACACACUACUCACUGCAAUGUGUAAAUCAGGGAACUUGGACAAGGCUGUCUCACUUUUUGGUGAGAUGGUACAGCAAAACAUUCUGCCUGACAGUUAUACAUAUACAAGUCUUAUUUCUGGGUUGUGUAGGAAGGGUAAGACUGUUAUUGCCAUACUAUUUGCUAAGGACGCUGAGGCUCGAGGUAAUUUACUUCCCAACAAGGUGAUGUAUACCUGUUUUGUGGAUGGUAUGUUCAAGGCGGGCCAAUGGAAAGCUGGUAUUUAUUUCCGGGAGCAAAUGGAUAAACUUGGCCUUACCCCUGAUGCUGUCACAACAAAUACAAUGAUUGAUGGUUACUCAAGGAUGGGGAGAAUAGAGAGGACACAUGCCCUACUCUUUGAGAUGGGGAACCAAAGUCGGGGUCCUAAUCUGACUACCUACAAUAUUCUUUUGCAUGGGUAUUCAAAGAGGAAAGACGUAUCAACAAGCUUUCUGCUAUAUAGGUCCAUGAUACUGGGUGGCAUUUUACCUGACCAGCUCACAUGCCAUUCUCUUAUCCUUGGGAUUUGUGAAUCCAACAUGUUGGAGAUUGGUCUUAAGAUUUUGAAAGCAUUCAUCUGCCGAGGUUUUGAAGUUGACAGGUAUACGUUCAACAUGCUAAUCUCCAAGUGUUGUGCCAAUGGAGAGAUCAACUGGGCAUUUGAUCUGGUUAAUGUCAUGAACCUUUUGGGAAUCACCCCUGAUAAAAGUACUUGUGAAGCCAUCAUAAGCAUCCUCAACAGGAACCACAGAUUCCAGGAGUCUCGCAUGUUUUUGCACGAAAUGUCGAAGCAAGGUCUAUCUCCCGAGUGUCGGAAGUACAUUGGUCUGCUUAACGGUCUUUGUAGAGUGGGAGAUAUCAAGACUGCGUUUGUUCUGAAGGAUGAGAUGAUCGAACGUAAGAUUUGUCCGGCAAAUGUAGCUGAGAGUGCAAUGGUGAGAGCGCUUGCAAAAUGCGGUAAGGCCGAAGAAUCUACGCUGCUUCUUCGGUCUAUGCUGAAAAAGAAGUUGGUUCCGACUAUUGCUAGUUUCACUACUCUAAUGCACAUGUUUUGCAAGAAUGGUAAUGUUACAGAGGCUCUGGAAUUGAGAGUCGUCAUGAGCAAUUGUGGGCUGAAGCUUGAUCUCGUGUCAUACAAUGUAUUAAUUUCUGGACUUUGUGCUAAAGGUGAUAUGGCAGCUGCAUUUGAACUCUAUGAAGAGAUGAAACAAGAUGGAUUUUUAGCUAAUGCGACUACUUACAAAGCUCUUGUCAGUGGAAUACUUUCCCAAGAAACCAGCAUAUCUGGGACUGAUAUCAUCCUGAAAGAUUUAGUUGCUAGAGGAUUCAUAACAUCCACGAGCGUUUCACAAGAUUCACGCAAAACCUUGACAGUGGUCAUGGAGAAGCUGAAGGCCUUGCAAAGUAACAUGAAGAGAUAACAUCAGGACAAGCUGUAACAGUAAUCAUAUGAUCAACUUCCCUAUGCAAAUUAGUGUUAAUUGCUUUUCUCAAGCAUCUGCGUCUCUAUAACACGAUGAUAUCGCCGUGAAGAGCUAGAUGUGCAGAGUAAUCUUCUCUAGAGGAACCACUUUGUCUGAUUCACAGAAUGCAUCUUACCCAUUCUUCUCCUCGAUUGGCAAUAAAUUAUGCAUCAUAGUGAUUAUUGUGUUCUCUCUUGUUUCGUUAAUAGUUCUUGCUGUGAAUGCCAGUCAGUUCCAGAAGCUUAAGCAUUUAAGCUUGUACUGUUAUACAGAACAAGACAAGCAAUACAGACCGUUACUGGCUCCUUUCUCUGACAAAUACAACUCAAAAAAAAAAUAUCAGGAGACUUUAAUUGAAUCUCUUAAUCUUCCAGAUACAAAAUCAGGAGUGGUGAGAACAAGCUCUUAAUAGCUGGAGCUGUGUUGUCAAAUCAUGUGCUGAAUUCAUUCACCUGUAAUCAAUCUGGACUUUCACCAAAAACCAAUUCAGAUAAUGUGGUUCAGAGAAAAUGAUGCAGAGCCAUGGAAGCAAAAAAAAAAAAAAGCGUCUUCUCUGUAUCUUUGAGGAAUCUUUUUGAUGAAUAUGUCGGAACAACGAGAAACUGGUUGUUGUGUUGGGAUGGUGUCUGAUGCAGACAGAAUCUAACAGUUCGUCAGAUUGCAUCACUGGAUUUGUUCCAUUUUGCAGUACCCACUCGUGAGCAUCCCCUCCUAAAGUUAACACAAAUAUAAAAAAAAUUAAUGUUUAAAUGUGUUGAUUGUCU